UUUUUGAUGAUAUUUUUUUCUCGUAUAAAAUGUGGGGUUGACAGCGCUAGAGCACAGAUCGUCGUCACCCAAGAUGGCUACCAAAUCGUGUUUCCUGCUAGUUGCUAUCUUCUGCGCUGUACGCUGCAACCCUCUGGGCCAGACCACUGUAUGCGAAACAUCGCCUAACCAUCUCCCAGGUUUACCAAAUUAUGGGACCACUACAGUCUGUGACACCGCACCCAACUUUCUUCCACAUGGUCAUCCAUACUCCAACCUGGGUGGGACUACGACCGUCUGCGAGACUACUCCCAACGUUCUAGGCCUUGGUUAUCCCGGUCUCGGUUUGGGUCUUCCUUUAUCGGGUCUUGGAUCAUCCACCACGGUGUGUGAAUCAACUCCUAAUGUGGUCGGUCUUGGGUUGGGGGGAAUCGGGGCAUUAGGGGGUCUUGGGAGUUUAGGGGGUGUAGGCUAUCUACCAGGUCUAGGUUUGGGUUAUCCUUAUAACGCAUUGGGGGCAACAACGGUAUGCGACACUGUCCCUAAUACGUUAGGUCAUGGUUACCCUCACGGAUCAUACAAUUUGCCACUCGGACUGGGGGCUGGACUGGGUUCGACAACUGUGUGCGAGAGUGCCCCCAACGUUGUUGGUUAUGGGGGUUACCCCGUCGGUUAUCCGUACGGGGGUCUCCCAAUUGGGGGUCUAUCCGGCUUAAACCCUUUAGGGUCGACGACGGUCUGCGACAGCGCACCAAACUGGAGUCUACCGAUUGGCAGAGCUUUUUUAUAAGUAAUCAAUCUUCCACAGCGUCCAUUAAAAGUUCAAAUACGCGUGUAGGAAGUAUUGGUAGAUCAUUCCAGAACAAUUACAGCUCAUUCUCCUCUGACAACGGCCACAAUAUUGCAAUAAUUUGCAAAUAACGCCCUCGCUCUUUCUAAUAUAAGCAAGUUACAAAAAAUCAAUUCAGUCAUUCACAGAUAAAUAAUUUGAUUAGAUAAAGAAUAAAAAAACAUCACGUGAUAUUAAAAAAAAAUAGGCUUUAUCUUGUUGAAUGAUUAUCAAGUCUCAUACCGAAUUUUAAUUGUUUAUAUCUGCUUUACUCAUGUGUAAAUUCGGGAUUGCUCGAGUUAUUUGCUAAUCGCGACACAAUCGCGAGAUGUGACCAUGCAAAAGGGCUUCUAAAGAGUCCGAAAGUAGCUCGAUAAUUUCGGAAUUGCGUAUGUAAAGCCGAUAUAAAUAAUUAUAUGUCCUUUUUCUUUAAAACCUUUGUCUGAAUUGAACCAAAAAAAAAAUAUUUGUAUUUACCUGACAUCGAAAUUGUUUAAUUGUAUUAUUUUGUAGAAUUAUAUAUUAUUAUUGGCAUAAUAAAAUGUUAUAGUAUUUUAA